GUGCUACUACGUGUGAAAAGCAGUGAGUCAAAGGUGCGUUAAAAAAGUAAAGUUCGAUUUAAACGUGCCCACAUCCGUUAAGUAAAACAGUUACGAUGUCGUCUGCACAGCGUGCAUUCGCUUCGAAACUGACAAAGCACAAUUCUUCCGACAUCCGUAAAAACGUGGCAAAUUACCAACUUUUAUCGAAAAGCGACAGCAGCUCCGUAUGCAGCUCUUCGAUUUCUUUGUGCGAACUGGUGGAACCCAUCGACUAUGAGGAGUUUCUGGCGCAACAUAGCACCCUGGUGCAGAAGGAUCACCUAAGGUCCAUCCUCGAUUUCCCUCCCGGAGAUGUGCAGGUGAAAAUUGUGCCUCGAAAAAUUCGCACCAUCGAGCAUGUUGUCCCGAAGGAGCCGCUGGAAGAGUUGCCCCUUUACGUGCAGCAUUGCGUCGAUUGCUUCACGCGACCAUGGAAAGUGGUGGAGCUGUCCGCCCGCCAUCACUCCAGCUCGUGCAGUGCCCGCGAACGGAAGGAUAAAGGGGCGCUUAGUCCCACCUCGUACCAGCAGGAGUUCGAAAUUGAUCGUGAUUUCGGGUGCUUGGUAUCGCUGGAUGAGUCAGUCACGUCGACCACACUGUACGCGAGUGAAAGCUGCACGCCCAGCAGCCGUCAAUCGAUCGCUAGCCUAUCGUCGGUGUCCACCUGCACGGACACGCUUACGCCGCGUGGCUCGUGGGCAUCGUUCGAUCUGCGAAGCUCGGUCAAUGAUCCUCUGAUUACGGGCGUUCUGGAGCGGGUACCUCCGGAAAGCAUCGACCAAAGCAAUGAAGCAAAACGACAAGAAGAGCGCCAGCAGGCCCUGUUCGGGUUGUACGCCGAGGGUGAAAUGGAGGAUGCGAUCGAGAAACGACUCCCGGCGGAGAUGCCGAUGGAACAUCUGGGAAACCGAAUUCACGUGAAAUGCCUGCACCUUAAGCUGGAGUUGGAAGUCGAGCCGAUUUUCGCGUCGAUGGCCAUAUACGACGCAAAGGAGAAGAAGAAACUGUCGGAAAAUUUCUACUUCGAUAUGAACACGGAAUCACUGCGGCGCAUGCUGGUGAACCAUGUGCCGACCGCCGACAUCAGCACGCAAGCUCGUGAGGCCAUUUUCGACAUCACGAACCCCAGCAAUGAGCUGUACCUGGUUAUAAGACUGGAAAAAGUGCUUCAGGGAGACAUCAAAGACUCGGUCGAGCCGUACCUCAAGGACGACAAGGAUAAGUAUAAAGAUAAGGCCAAGUCGAACGCGGCCGAUUACUGCGAGCGGCUGGGAAAGUACCGUAUGCCUUUCGCCUGGACGGGCAUUUAUCUCACGAGCAUCUUCAAUGGCGACAGCAUGGAGAAGGAGGACCGCGAAAGUAUUGGUUCGGCAUCGAGCUCGAACAGUUUGGAUCGUAAAUCUUCCACCAGCAGCUUCGAUCAGUUUCGCAAGCGAGCCAGCGACAUGGGUACACUGACGCGUCGUGGUUCACUAGAACGUAAGAUGGAAAAGCGACGAUCCUGGUCGCCGGACGACUUUGCCAACAGCAUCGAAACGUUCCGACCCAUCACCAUUACGGUGGCGAGCUUCUUCAAGCAGGAGUCCGAUAAAAUGAAGGACGAAGAGCUGUACAAGUUUCUGCCGGAGCUGAAACGACCGGCAGCGCUGAUGAAAAAGCACAAAUGCAUACCGGGCUCGAUCAAGGUAGAGAUUUUGCCGGCUCCGGAAGAGCUAAAGUACGCUCUAACGCCCGAGCUGGCGAAAAUCGAUCCCUACCCCGACGGCCACACGCGCCCGGUGAAGGAGAUACUGGAAUUUCCAUCGACUCCGGUCCUGAAUCCACACUACGCCUACCGGAACAUGUUGUUCGUAUCACCGAAGGAACUAAACUUCUCUACCCGAGCCGGUUCCGCACGCAACAUUGCCGUGCGUGUGCAGUUGAUGGCCGGCGAGAAGCAAAACGACGCCCUGCCGGCCAUAUUCGGCCGAAGCUCUUGUGCCGAGUUUAGCACCGAGGCGUACAGUGCCGUCAAUUAUCACAACAAGCAGCCAACGUUUUACGACGAAAUCAAAAUCGAACUUCCCGCCAAUCUGAAGCAGAACCAUCACAUACUUUUCACCCUAUUUCACGUGUCCUGUCAGAAGAAACCGCAAGAACUACAGUCAACGGUGGAGACGCCGGUCGGUUUCACCUGGCUGCCGGUGCUAAAGGACGGCGGACAUCUGAACGUGGGCGAAUUUAACCUUCCCGUCAUGGUCGAAGAACCUCCGAGCAACUAUUCGUUCAUUCCGCCGGACGUGCAGCUUCCCGGGACGAAGUGGCUAGAUAACCACCGGCAGGUGUUCUCGGUGACGAUCGAUGCCGUCACGUCGGUGCACGCGCUGGACGAUUAUCUGGAUAAGUUUAUCUAUCUUUGCGAGUGUCUCGAUAUGCGCAAGGUGCCGCCCCGCAUCGGCGAGGGCAACAUGGAGAAGGAGUUCAAAAAGACGCUCCAGGAGCUGCAGGCGGCCGACCAGGAGCAGCUGGUGAAGAACCUACAGGUCAUACUGGACAAACUGAUUGAGCUGCUGGUGACGAGUUAUAAAAUUGGCGGAGAAGCGCUCUCGCUCGGGCAGACCGUGUUUGAAACGAUCUGUCAGAUAUCGGAUAAAAUAUUCUUUCUGCAGCCGGAAGAACGCUACGGACGACAGAACAUCCUCAGCACGUACAUCCAAUUCCAGUGCAAGAUUCCCCACCCGAUGGAUCCGAAGUGUAAACUCGCCUCACUCCAGAUGCCCAUAAGGCGUCCAGCGUCGGCAGAGGAAAUGAACCGCAGCACCAGUAACCCCGACCUGCUGGCACUGGUGGACCUGGGCACGAGUCGUACCGUCGAUCGGGCGCUCAACAUCCGUUCCGACGGAUGCUCGCCGGGAUCGGGCGUGAAGGAUGGGUUGGUGCGACUGUUGCACGAAGAAAUAGCACUGAACUGGGUAGUGGCCAGCGGUUCGGCGGCCGAGCUGUCCAUGACCAACUCGUGGAUGCUGUUCGAGCUGAUCGUGAAAAGCAUGAUCGAGCACCUGGACCUAACGAACGCGCUGAAUUCGCCGCGCAAAAGUCGGUUCCCGCAUCAGUACACGGACGAUAUUGCUACGCUCGUGCAUCUCGUAACGACGAAGGUGGUCGGCUACAAUAGCAGCGAUCCGAAGCUGGCACAGUCGAUCAAUUCCAGCCUAGCAUUUUUCAUCUUCGAUCUGCUGAGCAUCAUGGACCGUGGCUUUGUGUACGGGUUAAUCAAGACGUACUACAAGGUGAUCAUGACGAAAAGUUCGUCCACACCGGACAUGAUUCAUUACAAGCUGGACUUUUUGCGAAUCGUCUGUAGCCACGAGCAUUUUGUAGCAUUGAAUCUCCCCUUCGGUACGCCGUACACGGUCCUAUCAGCCCCGUGCAGUCCAACGCCGAGCGUUACCUCGAACAACAGUCAAAACUCGUACGUCAGCGCAAUGACGGGUAACGAUCGUGGCCUCUACUCGGAUCUAAGCGUAGAGUUUCGUCAACAACACUUCCUGGUCGGGUUGGUACUGCAGGAGCUUUCCAACGUGCUGGACAUUUCGAACACGCAGCUGCACGGUAAAGCAAUCCGCUGCCUUCGCAAUCUACUCACCUCGCACGAUCUCGACCCGCGAUACAGUGAGGUGGAGGCACGGGCCCGCGUAGCCGCCCUCUAUCUGCCACUGCUGGGCAUCGUGAUGGACGUCAUUCCGCAGCUGCACAUUCCCGUGUCACAGUCGCACGAUCGGCUCAAUACGAUCGGCCAGCUGGAUGACUAUCAAGGGCCAUCUGGUGCGGUGCCGGCAACCAGCACCAUCAGCCCCGAGGUAGCCUUUGCCAUCUCGGGCAUCCGGCGCUACAGUUACGUGUCGGAAACGCCGAAACCCAAGACCGCUCUCACCGGUGACACGCGCCACCUGCUGGCUUGCUUCCUGUGGGUGCUGAAGAACCUCGAACCCAGCACGCUCGUCAAGUACACGAUGGGUCUCAGUCCGCAUCGUGUCCACCAGAUGUUGCAGGUGCUGAACAUCUGCAUACCGAACUUUGAGUACCGCGGCAAAAAGCAACCGGCCAGCGCCUCCAAGCGGAACACCUCGAGCUUCCGCAAAACGCCGGACAUGCGUGAAAAGCUGGAAGAAUUUAUCCGCGGCACCGGUUCGGCUCGCAACGACCUGAUCAACCGGCGCAAGGAUGGACGUAACUCGACGGAGAAGCUGCGCUGGAAGAAGGACCAGAUACGGACACAGUUCUACGAUAGCAACAUCAAGAACGAGGCCGAACUCGAGAUGAGCAACUUCAUCGAGGGAUCGCUCGCGACGGAAGUAUGCCUGACUAUUCUCGACACGCUCGAGAUGAUCGUGCAAGUGGCGUCGUCCUCCGAAAUGCAUCACAAUUUGCUCGGUACCGUGCUGAAGGUGCUGCUGCAUGCUCUCUCGCGCAACCAGAGCACGCUGGCACUGCAGAAUCUGUUCGCGUCGCAGCGUUCGCUGGUCUUCAAGUACCACAAUCUGCUCUUUGAUGAAGAAACGGACAACUGUGCAGAUUUGUGCUUGCUGCUGUUGAAGCAUUGCGGUUCACAGCUGCCCACCGUGCGGUCACAGGCGGCUGCCUCGUUGUAUUUGCUGAUGAGACAAAAUUUUGAAAUUGGAAAUAAUUUUGCACGUGUUAAAAUGCAAGUGACCAUGUCGCUGAGUUCGCUCGUCGGAACCAGCUCAUCGUUCAGCGAGCAAUCGUUGCGGAGAGCACUGAAAACCAUUCUCGUUUACGCCGAGUCGGACACCGAUCUUCAGGAAACGUCGUUUCCCGAGCAGGUUCAGGAUCUGCUGUUCAACCUGCACAUGAUCCUCUCCGACACGGUCAAGAUGAAGGAGUACCAGGAGGACCCGGAAAUGUUGCUCGACUUGAUGAACCGCAUAGCCAAGGGAUACCAAAACUCCCCGGACCUGCGCCUCACGUGGCUGGAGAACAUGGCCAAAAAGCACACCGAACGGGCGAACCACACCGAGGCGGCCAUGUGCUACGUCCACAGCGCGGCCCUGGUGGCGGAGUAUCUGAGCAUGCUCGAAUCGCAAACCCACCUGCCCGUUGGUGCCGUCUCGUUCAAGCACAUUUCCCCCAACGCGCUGAUGGAGUCGGCCGUCUCGGAUGAUGUGGUCAGUCCGGGCGAAGAUGGCAUCUGUCUCGGGAACAGCUUCACCGAGGGUGGCCUAAAGCAGCUGCUGGAUCAUGCGGCUGGCGCGUUCCAGGCCGCCGGCAUGUACGAAGCGAUGAACGACGUCUACAAGGUGCUGAUACCGAUUUGCGAGGCCAAUCGGGACUUCCGCAAGCUGGCGCAAAUCCACGGUAAGCUGCUGGAAGCGUUCAAUCGCAUCGCGCAGCUGCAGGGCAAGCGGGUCUUCGGAACCUACUUUCGGGUGGGUUUCUACGGCACCAAGUUUGGCGAUCUCGACCAGCAGGAGUUCAUCUACAAGGAGCCGACGCUCACGAAGCUGCCGGAGAUUUUCAGUCGAUUGCAGAACUUUUACGCCGACCGAUUCGGCCCGGAUGUGGUGCAGAUCAUAAAGGACUCAAAUGCCGUCGAAGUGGGCAGUUUGGAUCCGGAGAAAGCCUACAUACAGAUUACGUACGUAGAGCCGUACUUUGAAACGUACGAGCUACGCUACAGAGAAACGUAUUUCGAGCGUAACUUCAAUAUAAAGCGUUUCAUUUUCGCAACACCUUUCACCAAAUCGGGCAAAGCACACGGAGAUCUGCACGAGCAGUGCAAGCGCAAAACGAUCCUCACCACGGCCAACCACUUUCCGUACGUAAAAACGCGCAUUCAGGUCGUCCACCGCCAGCAGAUAGUGCUCGAGCCAAUCGAGGUGGCCAUUGAGGAUAUACAGAAGAAGACGGCAGAGCUGGCCACGGCUACCACGCAGGAGCCGGCCGAUCCAAAGAUCCUGCAAAUGGUGCUGCAGGGAUGCAUCGGUACCACCGUCAACCAGGGCCCAAUGGAGAUGGCUCACGUGUUUCUGUCCAGCAUUGCGAACGGAAACACCAUACCGACGAAGCACCAGAACAAACUGCGACUUUGUUUUAAGGAUUUCUCCAAAAAAUGCGCCGAUGCGUUGAAGAAAAACCGUAAUCUCAUCCUACCCGAUCAGAAGGACUAUCAGAAGGAACUGGAACGCAACUAUCAGGUGUUCACCGAACGCCUUUCGCCGCUUAUUACCAUCAGCCCUUCGCAGGCCCAAGGGUUAGUGGCGGUAAAGAACGAUAUGCACAACAACAAUCGGUUAACCUGUACGCUGCGUUUUUAAAGCGAACCCCACGCACUAUACAAUGCUCUCUUAAUCCUCUCUAUAAUUUAAUUUGCAAGAGUAUCUCACCGUUAUGAUUUAUUCGGAAGCGGAAAACAAUUUAACCAAAAAAAUAUCAUUAUUCCUGUAAGUUCAUUGAUAGGACAAAAACGAAGUCGGGAGACAGUACGUGUGCGAUUAUUGCUAAUCAUAUUUGUCAUAUUUGUAGUAGCGUUAAGAUAUUCGAAACAUUAUUAAAAUGUUCAUUUUGUAUGCACAAGGUAGAUUAGUGUGAACGGUGCACAGAACCGAUGCGUUUGUUUGAACAUAGAAUAUUUGUUUGAUCACACAAUACAAGCACCUAUUAAAACGUUGCUCUCUAUACCUCAUUUGAAGUUCAAUCUUGAAUAUGAAUUUAUCUCUUUAAGUUAGAAAAAAGAAGUUGGAAUUACUGCCACCGAUUCGUAUAUCUCUAGCAAUGCGAGUAGUGAGUGCCAAAGAAUUGAAAAUAACCAGCAACAUAAUGCAAGGUUCUAGAAGCAUAACUAAGCAGAACAACACUCGCGGUUCAAUUAGAUUGUGUUUGCUUUCGCACCAGAUUCGAAUGGUUCUUGUUCUACUUUCAGUUGAGAAUUUAUGCAAGAUUCUCGUUUUAAGUAGACUAUUCUGCUCUCCAUCGAACUUAGACAGUAAUUGUCACUUUGAAACGCUGAGAGUUGUGUUUGAAUUGAUACUAGGGUCAGCAUUGCUUGAAAUGCAAGAAGCAGGAAAAGCGUGUGGCAAAUACUUUAUACGAAAGAAGAAAAUUCAACAGUGAGCUUUUUCAUACGUACCAUGGUAAUAAACAUAACAUAUUAUUGGCAAUACA